AUGGAAACCAGCUAUCUUGACUUGCAACUUUUCGGCGCUAAUGUAAAUGACCCCAUCCGAAGUGACUCGGGCUCUAGUGCAAUCGCCAUUCACAAGCUCAACAUGUACAGCAGCUGUAGCACAGAUUCGAGCACAAGCUCCUCUUCGGACAGCAGCGGCGACGACGAGGAUUUAGCAUUGUAUGAGCAGAUGUUCGAGCAGCUUUUUACCCCGCCGGAGAAGCGACCGAAGGUCGAGUCGUAUGUGGAAAAGACGGUCGCCGCUUAUUCGAACGAAGAGUAUCGCAGGAAUUUCCGAUUGUCACGGUCGGCUGCAGAUUCCCUUGCUGCUGAGUUCGCGAAAUCGCCGCACUACCCUUCAAGAACUGAUCGCGGAGGCCUGCCCCCAAAGUCGCCUCAAGAGCAUGUGCUGUCCUUUUUGUGGUAUGCUGUCAAUAAAUCCUGCAUACGGGAUGUCGCAGGGCGAUUUGAGGUUGGGGAAAGCACGCAUCACAGGAUGAUGUACCGCGUCAUGGCGUUUCUUCUGGACAUCGCACCCCGCAUCGUGACCUUCCCAGAUGACUUGCAGAAGCUUGCUAAUGCGUUUGAACAGGUUUCAGGGUUUCCAGACACCAUUGGCUGCAUUGACGGGAGCUAUAUUCCUGUUAGGUGCCCUGCUGGUAAGGUGCGGUCAGUGUACGUGAAUAGGCACCAUUACCCAUCCUUGACGCUGCAGGCAAUAUGUGAUAACCGGAAAAGGUUCCUUGAUGCCAGCACUGGUGCACCUAGUAAAAUUCACGACUCUAGGAUCUUUCGGCUUUCAAACAUUUCGAAGAAAUUGCCUCAACUCUGUGCUGGAAAAUACCAUAUUCUUGGGGACGCUGCAUACCCAUCUCGAGAGUUUUUGAUGACUCCCAUUCGAGACUAUGGAAGCCUGAAUGCCUCUGACAAGGCAUUUAGCACCAAACUUUCAUCCACCCGUGUGCUAAUUGAAAACGCAUUUGGGCAAUUGAAGGGUAGAUUUAGGCAGCUACAGCGUUUGGACCUCAUGACUGUAGAGAGCAUGUCAAAAUUUAUUCUCGCUUGCUGUGUCCUUCCCAACAUCUGCAUAGACAACGGGGAAUCAUUCCAUAGUCCACUUGAGGACAUGCGUCUGAGCUCCCAGGUUAACAAUGAUCAGAGCCCUACUGCAGAUGAAGUCUGCAGCGGAACAUAUAGAGAAGAGAGCCUCUUACGGGCACUUGCAGAAGUUAAACGAGAAAAAAUUAAGUCCAAUAUUGGACUGAAGAGGAGGUACCCACAAAGCCUGUAGUGAUGCAAACACAGGGCUAAACAUAUGUUCAAAGCAAUGCUUCGUGAUGACCAUGCACAGAAACGUUUUUGUCUUGCACGAAAUAAACACUCAUAAAAACAUGUUCA